GCCCAAUAAAUUAGAUCAGUAAUAAAUUUCCAUAUUAUUUCCCACAAUUUCUGGUAUUUGAUGUGCAUAAAUAGUUUCAACUUCUUUCCGCCAUGGUACAGGUCCAGUUGUCCGCAAUGUUUUUACUAUUGAUUGUGAGAUGGCGUCCUUCCCAGACAUGCGAUAAAAAUUUGAACGUGUCUUUUAUAUUUUUGACAGGACAAAGAACUUUUUUUUCGUUUUCGUUUUGCUUUUGCUGCUGGGGCUGGCUCGGUUAUCUAGGUCUGCAUAGUGCAUUAUGCAUUUCUAUUAAAGAUUUUGUAAAAAAAAUGAUCUUUUAACAAUAUAUGUAAUUAAAGCAUUUUAAAUACACUUUUUACUUGAAAUUGUUAAAAAGAGGAGUGACUAUUAUAUUUUUUAAAAAUCUUUCUCCUCUGACUGACUAAUAAGAAAAAAGAAACAAACCAAAGAAGUGCCUCCCCAUGUAAAUCCCCCUGAACCAAAACUAAUAAGUGAAUGUGAGGAAAGUAAAGAUUGACAAAAAGAAAACAAAUUUUUUUAUUUUCGUUUGGCUUUACUAAAGCUGUUUCGCUUUCGUGUAAAAUGAAAAAAGGUCCACAGUCACCUACAAUUUGCGACUUCUUAAACAUUAAAAUUCUUUUUAAACAACUGCUGUGUAGUUUUUAAAGUACAUACAUAUAAACUUUAAUGACAAUAUUAUAAUAGCUUGAGAAAAAAACACCUCCAUAGCGAAACUUUAAUCGUGAAAAGCAACAAUAAUUUAUGAUUUGAUGAUAAUCGCAAUCACAAGUAGCUUAUACUGUCUUGAUUGCCACAAACUAAAAAAUAUAAAAUACCAAUCAUCAGGAUGAGCAAAGCCUCAAAGCAUGCACAGAUUCCAUCCGCAAUGCCACAAAAGAAUGUCAUUAAUUCCAUUAUGAGUUUUUUGCCUGACAAUAGGCCAAUAACCUCUCUACAGAUAGUGGAAGAUUUUGAGAAAUGCCCGAAAAAUUUUACAACGGUGCACCGCACGUAUGAUCAAGACUCUGAUGCUGAUCUAUGGAGAGAGAAUAGCAUUAUUUUUGGACGGCAAACCGCUCGUUACCUGUGCCUCUCAAAAACGGAAGGCUUACCGGAGUAUGUUGUAGAGACAUUAAGAGUGAUAUCAGAAAAGGAAUUGCCACCAAAAGAAUUCUCGCUGCUCUCACGGACUGCAGACACAGAACAAAGAGCGUGGAGAAAGCGUCAAAUUGCUUAUAAACUUUCUAAACGCAGCUCAGUGACUCAUGCUGUAACUGAUAUAAUUCUUUGUUCUAAACUCAAAACAGCUCCCGAAGGUUUUAAAUUGGCUGGAGAUAUAAAUGGAAUUUUAGUAUGCUACAAAACUGGAGUUCUUUAUAUUCGUGUUCCGCCAGGAAUUCCCCAACAGCAGAUCGAAAGUAAUAUCAAUAGUAGUGAGGUCGAAAAGGCUUUAAAUCGAUUGAACCUUAACAGGCGAUCUAAUCAACCACUUCCACCUGUACCACAGCCAAAUGAUAACGAUUACGAAGAAAUUCAAGCUUCCUAUCAAAUCUCACCAAUGCGUCCAGCACCAAAACCGCCAGCUAAUGCAGCUGCCGGGUCUUCAGCAUAUUCUAUUGGAACACUUGGUGUAUAUUCAGAACUAGAAGGGGUACCAUUUUCUCUUCAUUCUAACUUAAAAACAAACAUAGAACUUCCAUCACUGCCAAUUAUUUCUUCUUCUGUAUGUGAUCUUGAAUAUGAUUUUCAGUUAGAGCGUCAAAUCUUAUGUACUAUGAAAUCUUCGGCAUCAAAAAAUCCUUUUUUUCAGUGAAAAAGAAUUAAACACAAUGAAAAAAUAAUUAUCUUUUUAUUGGGCCAGUUAGUAUGAUAAUAUAAAAUUUUCUGUGUUAUAUAUUUAUUUAUAACCAUAAAUACAAACUUGCCGUUAUUUAGUGACUCGAUGAUAUACCACAGAGCUUUAAAAAUAUUGAGAACAAAAAAGCUUAAAAGGAACUUUUUGCGACAAAGAUUAAUAUAAAUUCUUUUAUUUAGUCCUUGCAAAUAAUUGUAAGUUAUGGUGGCGUUGUAGAAGAAUAAUAUAUAUAAAAUAAUGUCAAAACAAAACUAUAAAAUGAAUUCAAUUCUUAAUUACAGAAAUUUAAUACAGAAA